AUGGAGAGUCCACGGGUCGCACUGUUGAUCAUACUGCUCCUAUUUGUCUUCCUCACUCCUGAACAACCCGCACGACGCUUGCGCCAAAUCGACUCGGAUCGAGUCGAAGAAGAGCGCCGGGUUGGACAUGACGUUUUGGCAAACUCAUCUUAUGGCCAACUCAGCCCGAAAGCGAACAGUUGGUUGAAUCUAACAGGCUUUCGAGAAGCCGAUGGCUAUGACUGGGGUUCCCUUGCCCUCGCACAAGACCUCAGCCGGGGGCAGUUUGCAACCAACUGGAAUGGAAUCGACGUGACCGAUGACUUACCCAUCUUUCAGAGAGUCACGGGCGAGGUCCGCGGCAAAUUCUACCACAAUGAAAUUGCAGGCAUCUCUCCUGUAAUCAACCUGACCGCCCUGGACCCGAAAAUGGACUAUCUCAUGCCCAGAUUUGAAAGGAACAUCACCGAAGCGGAAGGCGAGCUUAGUCUCUCGCUCUAUGAUCGCGGUGAGAGACCCGUUCAUGAAUCCUCUUCGAUCAAAGCGGACAUAUACAUCUGGACAGAUUCCUCUCCUGGCAAUGGUUGGCAGGCAAAAGUCCAAGGCGUUCAUCUUGCUUCGGGCCAAAUUAUCAUGUCUACAACCAGUUCCAAAUUCGACUCUCUGCCUGCUCUUCCACAUUUUGCACUAGACGCCGGCGCUUUCAAUGCAUCAAUACCCGUGAUGAAGGAGACAAUGCACAAGAUUUGGGAUAAAGUCUUCGAUGACGGAGUCGACGGACUGGCAUUUGCCCCUCAGUGUGAAGUCAUCGUCUGGUUGCAGCCGAUCCCAUACAGAUUUCCGAGUCUCGAUUCGACAAGAACCAGCAAGUUCCUUCACCAAGUUGAACAGGAGCUCUCUCACCCAGACGGCGCUCCGGUCGGAAAGCUUCCGCCACUAAGUUUUUCAGCUGUCAUCUUUUCGCCCGACUGCGGCUACAUCCUUUCAUCUCCCACAAUUUUUGGACCUAAGAUUGAAGCAUAUUGGGCUCUCGCGCAGCGCCUGUUGUUUGCGUACGUUAUUUCCAUUGGGAUGCAAAUUGCUCUUCUCAAACGGCAGAUGGAAAAGGCUUCGACGCCCUCAACUCGGAGCCGCAUCGCCUAUCAGAGCAUCGUCAUUGCUGCCCUUGGCGAUGGCUUGCUUUUGUUUGCGCUUAUGGCCCUGCUCAUGAUAGAUGAUGCGGCUUUUCUAAUGGUCGCAGCUGCUGCCUACUUGACCUGCAUACAUGUUGCUUUCUUAGAAGUGAAGUUUAUCUUUGACAUAUGGACAGUCCAAGUCGGCGACCCUGCACGUGCAGAACGGGAACGGCAACAGAGGAUUGCUAUCGAUACAGUAGCUGCACCCGUUUCAGCUUCGACAGAAGCACCGGCAUCAAGCGAUGAAGGUACUGUUGGCCUACCGCUUCCAGCUACAGCUCCACGGCCCGAAGGAGCUUCUCCAGUGAUCAUCCCUUCCGAUCAGGGUAAUCCUGUGCCGGCGGAAAUUCCAAGCUCACGUGCAUCAUUUGCUGCCAUCUACAGCAGAUUCUACUUCUCGCUCGUGAUGCUUAUGUUUUUCUCGCUGUGGGCCACAACAUGGCCAAGAACUUUGCGAUCAGCUUAUGCCAACCUUCUGGUCUUCUGUUACUUCUCCUACUGGUGGCCACAGAUCUAUCGCAACGCAAUGCGUAACUGUCGAAAGGCCUUGAGCUGGGAAUACGUGCUUGGGACAAGCAUUCUUCGCGCGGUCCCAAUCCUCUAUUGGUAUUUCGCGGACAACAACCUCCUUUCUAUCGACACUAGUCCGACUGCAGCUUUCAUUUUGCUGGCAUGGUUGUGGCUUCAAGUCGCCGUUCUUGCGAGCCAGCAGUUCCUGGGACCUCGUCUUCUCGUGCGAGACUCUUGGUGCCCCCGGGCUUACGAUUAUCAUCCUCUUCUGCGUGAGGAUGACGUCGAAGCAAAUGCAAUGUCAAUUGGGCGGCUUGCGUCUGCGUCUGAAGCUAAAGACAAAGAUGACAAGACACGUAAAGUGUUUGAUUGCGCCAUUUGUAUGAACGAAAUCGAUGUGCCUGUCCUGACGAAGGCAGACAAUGCAAGUGGAAGACCUCUUGGCAGGGGUACUGGAGUGGCAUGGCUUGAGCAGAGAAACUAUAUGGUGACUCCUUGUAGGCAUAUAUUUCAUGCCGAGUGUCUUGAGGGUUGGAUGAAUCUGAGGCUCGUUUGCCCUGUAUGCAGAGAAGGGCUGCCUCCACUCUAA